AUGGUCGUUCCAAUCCUUUAUUCCUUCGUUCUCGUUGGAGCUUUUUGUUAUUACUUCAUCUUACAAUUAUCAUUUUUAUCCGCCGUAAUGUUCAUUGACACAUUUCUCAUGAUAUUUGAAAUUUAUUAUGAUGGUGAGUGUGAUGAUGACGUUGAAGGUUUUUAUGAGGUCAUGUACUUUUUCUGGACUAUUAUUAUCAAACCAUUCCUUUUAUUUGAUGAAAUCAUCGGGAUACAAGUGGAUAGUCCGGCUUAUGUGUUCUUUGGAAUUUAUAUAGACUAUGACGAAGACAUGUUGCAUAAAGUUGAUUAUCUAACAAGUUAUGUAUUUUUAAAUAAAUUUUAA